UGCUCCUUCAGUCCACACGGCGGGACACGAGACAGAGGAGCGAGGCGCCACGAAUCUGCCGAAAAACACCGAGCGCGAGGGAACUUUACAGAGCCGCUGUCAUUCGGACGCGCGAGGAAUAACGAUAAACCCGCGGCGGUCACUGGCGGUCGAUGCGGUCCGUUUCUGAACAGUCUGCGCUCUGUCUGAGGGUUUAACAAAGGUGGGAGACGCGUCUGCUGUCCCCUAUCACCGGGGGGAAGGUCCAGAGAAGAGCGUAGACAGAAUAAGAGAUGAGAAUCUUUACAAAAGUGUUAAAAUGUUUGUAGGGUAAUGCAAAAUUCACAGCUUGGCCAACAGAUAUGAUCUUUAAAGCGAGCCGGUUUGGGGUCAUGCAACAAGUAUAAAUGCACAUUGAUGAGCAGAGGGAGACAGGCUGGCGAAGGCGAAAGAAGUGGAUGUUUUGAGGGGAGCAGGAGAGGACUGUGUGCAGGAGAUGUCUCUGUGGAUGAUAUUACCCGUCAGCCUCCCAGCUCUCACCAUCACUGGAAUAUGGGUCGUGUAUGCCAUGGCCUUGUACAACCAGCAUGUCUGUCCUGUGGACAACUGGAUGUAUAACCAGUCAUGUGAGGUGGAUCUGCCAUUGCAGAGGGGACCGACCAUGUGCUGUACUCUGGACAAUGUUCCUCUUAUAAGUAAAUGUGGCACACUUCCUCCAGAGAGCUGCUUCUUCAGUCUCAUCUGCAGCACUGGAUCCUUUAUGGUGAUGGUGAUAGUGUUGUUACGCUAUGCCCAUGUGAUAGAGAAGCACCAGAACUGUGUGUUAAACACAGCAAGUCUCUCCACCGGCUGGAUCUGUGCUGCAGGUCUCAUCAUGGUCGGCAACUUCCAGGUGGAUAACGCUAAGGUUCUUCACUAUGUUGGAGCAGGGGUAGCCUUCCCCACCAGUAUGCUGUUUGUGUGUCUUCAGUCUGCGCUGACUUACCGUCUGGCCAAGACUCAGGGAGAAUAUAAUAUGGGUCAUUUGCGUCUCUUUAUGACCCUGCUGGCCUUUGUGGCCCUGGUGCUCAGCGGGGUGUUUUUUGUCCAGGAGAGUUUUGUCCUGCAACAUGCAUCGGCCAUUUUCGAGUGGGUGUUCUGUGUCAUUAUUAUGCUGUUCUACGGCACGUUCGCUUUUGAAUUCGCCGGGAUAUCUAGUGACACGAUGAUGGUGCUGGCCCGAGGGCAAUCUCUACAGUCCGUGGCCGAGACCACAAGAUGGAGUCUCUCGCUGGGGCAGCCAGCACCAGCCUGAGAGCCUGUCCAUGCUGUAACCUCAGUGUCCCGUAUCUCUCUCAACACUACGAAAAAAAACACUGUAACCGAAGAGGGAAAGUUACAGAAACUGGACGUGGCUCUCGUACACCUUUGCCAAAGGAACCAGCUCAGAUUUUGCACAUUUUUGAGAGACUUCUUCGCUCUGGGGGGACCUUUUGAAUCGCACAGCUUCCAAGCUGGAAACAACAAAGAUCAUUGCCUGGAUGUAUUGGAGUUUCCAUUAGAUCUUAUUGGGAUUUUUAAGUAUCUGCGUUACUUGGAUAAAGAGACUACAGACUGCUAGUUGGCAAAAUUACACGUCCAUUGGUGAAACCAGAGGACCGCUACGUCAAUGGUGUAGUAAACUAAACCCGAAGCCUUUUGCAACUGUCAGCACUCAAGCAUUUUAACGUAGUGCCUCAAAACAAAUGUUAUUGUGCCAAUUCCAUACAGUGCAAGGCAGUGGAUCCCAAAAUGCUGAUGUUUUCCGUGCCUUUAUUUUUUUUCCAAAGUCAGAGAUGGUUAAAUAACAUUUUAUUGUCACUUAUAUCUGCUGUCUGCUAACCGAUCAAGGUGUUUCAUUUUGCCUUAAUCGCCAUAUGCUGUCUGAAAUGUAUUUUCCAGGAGCUUGUCAUUACCGAUGUGCCUUAAACCAAAAACCAAAUACUGAUAUUUAAUAGAGAUCUAUGUCCAUAGUCUAGGCGUGUAUUUUUUUUGAUACGUAGCAAAUAUUAUGCUGGUUGUAAACAACUAAGCUGAACGAGAUCAGCAAAAACCUCUCGUGAAACAGGAGCAUAAGCUUAUCACAUUAAGUCGCCAGUAGUUGGUGCCAUUCCAGAUGUCAUGUUAGAGUCUAUGAGUAUUGUACAUUGUGACCAAAUGUAAUUGAGAAGAGAGCUUGUCCUGAGGUCGGUGUGAUCAU